AGGAAACAUGAGGGAACACCGUGAGCGUCUGUGUUCUCUGGUUUUUACGGUGCAUUGUGGGAUUUUUUAGGGCGCGAACGUUCCAGUGCACUGGAAGGAUUUUGCGAUUGAGACAGCCCUCAAAAUGGCCGACUUCCUGAUCCGCGCCCUGACUACUGAACUAGGGGGCUGGUUGAGGCGCACCCUGUGUAUAACUAGACUGAAAAAGCUACACUAUACGAAGUAAAAUAGAGCACAAAACUAAACUACACAUUCCUAUUUCACAAACAAACAAACAAACAAACAAAAAUACACACCACUGCCACCACUGUAACCGAACGUUCUUCAUCCUCGGGCACCUAAAAGUGACUUUCCCUGUUCCCUUUACUUUCAAGUGCAAAAUAAAAGUUCUGUUUGCAUUAGGAAGCAGUGAAAAGUGUGUGUGUGUGUGUGCGUAUGUGUGUGUGUGUGUGUGUGUGUGUGUGUGUGUGUGUGUGUUGGAAACAACCACAGACUUUUGUUGAGCCUGAUGAUUUGCAUUAGGAAGCUGAGCAGUGUGUGUGUGUGUGUGUGUGUGUGUGUGUGUGUGUGUGUGUGUGUGUGUGUGUGUCCAGGCCCUUAUUUCUGCAAGACAAGGAACCAGCUGGCAAAUCUUACAAUUCCUGAGUCAUCGUUUGCCUCGUCUCAACCCGGCUUAUGUAAAUGAAAGCAACGUAGAUGCACUGAAGUAUGGACAAGAAGUGAUCAGGUGGAGGACAGAGAGAAAGAGCACACACACACACACACACACACACACACACACACACAUAGGAAAUGCAAAAUGCCUUAAAUAACAAACAUUUGUCACUUCAGAAAGUUCAAGUGCAGGUCAGUCUGCAGGUUUCAGAGUUAGUUGCGGGUGUAUGGGGUGGGCCUGGGUGGGCCUGGGUGGGCCUGAAUUGUUGUUCCAGUCCCAGUGUGUGUGUGUAUCUGUGUUGUAUGCAACAGCACACUUUUUUGUGUGCAUGGUGCCUGAUUUGCAUUAGGAACAGAGCACUAUGUGUUGGUGUGUGUGUGUGUGUGUGUGUGUUAUACACAGAAACAGAGCGCAGUCUGAGAAGGAAGGUUGGUAGAGAGAUGUCUCGGGUGUUAAGUUCUCUCCUGUCGAUCCGUGAGAACGGCCUCGUCUUUAACCUGCUCGGCUCCGACUGCAGCGCGUCAGCUUGUGCCGUAGUGCAGUUAUACCUGGCAACUACGGCUGGUAAAGGAAAAACGUCCGAAUGGCAGUUUCACAGUUGUGGAGUGGUCUGUCUGGUGCAGGAUAAAAAAUUACAUUCAACAUUUAUACGGCUCUUUUGUGUGAAGAGGGCCAAGCUGCUCUGGGAACAGGAGCUGUAUACAUCGUUCACGUAUUCCACGCCCUGCGCCUUUUUCCACACUUUCCCCAGUGAUGAAUGUUGGGCGGGGCUGAACUUUUCCGAUGAGGACGAGGCGAGCCGGUUCAACACAGCUGUACAGAACUGCAUCAGCGGCAGUAAAGCGCGUCCCGUGUUCGUCCGGACUCACAGUCUGGACUCGGCCUCCGGAUGGCUGCUGAAGAACAAACUGAACACCUGUCUGUCUCUCAGCCGGUCUGCGUCCCCUAAAGCUCCACCGCCUGUAGAGUCAGACGUGACCAGUACUCUUUCUCUGGCACAGAAGAAAGGACCCCUGCCACCCAUCCCUUAUAACAGCGACGCAGCGACGUCUGUUCCAUCUCACCAUGAUCAUCUUAAACAGAGGCAUUCUAUUCCACGCCCUCCGUCGUACCCAGCCCCCAACCUGAACGUGAAUCCAGCAGGAGUGAAGAAAAGUGCCAGCUUUUCACCGGGAGGAAAUUAUGCUUUUACCGUCUCGAAACAGCAAAGAAGCUUGCAUUUUACUGAUGACAUAUGAGCAGAAGCUUACGAUGAAGAUGAUGCACCGAAGAUGAUUUUCCCUGCUGCUGAAAAUUUACAACGAAGCACUUUGUAAUAAUUGGCCAGAUUUGGACCUGCAUAUAUAUAUAUAUAUAUAUAUAAAUGAUUCAUUUCUUAUUCCAUUAUGUGUUGACAUUUUAACUAAAUAUUCUUUCUUCACCAUCCUCUUUUCCUCUGAAAACACGGUUAAAUGUAUAUUACAGGCCAAUUCGUGAUGCCGAACCUGAAUUACAGUCGGAUUGUGUUUUGUUUUUGAUGUUCAUGGACACAUGCAGAUGUGCAUAAUACCUGUUUUUGCUUUCCUCUCCUUCUUUUAGUAUUAUUUUUAAAUUAAAAAAUUAUUUUGCCUUUCUAUUUUAUUCCCUCACUUUUUUUUUGAGUGACUUUAAUAAUCCAAAGUAAAUAAAGGUCAAAUGUAAAUAGUUCUCUUAUUGAGGUACGUUUUAUUCCUUAUAUACAGUAUAUCACACAUCCUCAGCUCUAUACUAUGUUCUUGGGGUGAAAGGUCAUUUAUCUAAUAGUAAUGGCCUCUAAACUGUCCUUUAACGCUCAGCUCUUCACUCAAUACCAUCAUCUUCUCUCUGCCUGUUAGCUGUACCUAAAGCAUGCUACGGGAUGUUUGUUCUUACACAGAAUUUGGAAGUAAAAAAGAAUUUAAAAAAACCCCAAAUGUUGAUCACUGAAAAGUACAGAUCAAAAUCAGAAAUCCGCUUUGAUAAAGAAACAUAAUAUAACCUGUAUAGUUGAAUAAUAUAACUUGAUAAAGAAAUAUUUACCUUUAUACCAUAGCGCUGUUGAAUUCUCGCAUCCGAUUGGUCAGAAGCUCAUUCACAGGGACUUGUACCUCAGACUCUUCACAUAAUGUAAGCCUAAUAGUAAACAAAUUUGAAAUUUUUUUUGUUAAUUAACAAAAACAAACAUAACUGUGAUAUGAUGAAGUUUAUUUCAACUUUUUCCACAUUUAUUUAACAUUUAUGGAAGGAGUCUCCAGCGUCAGCACUUCAGAGGUAAAGCUGUAAUUUGAACUUUUCUCACAUCUUCAUAGUUCAGGUCACAUUUAAAGACUAAAUUCCUCUG